AUGGCACCAGUAACCAAAGCAGAGAAGCUUCUGACUGAAGAAGUCUUCUUGACAAAUCCAAAUUUCAAGGACAAUAGACGCAAACGUUUACAUCAAAGUAAAAGCGAGCAAGACAAUACCAAACAGAAGUUUAAAGCCGCGUGGGUAGACGAUGACGAUGAGGACGUGGUGGUGAAUUUAAAGGAGCAGCCGCAACUACGUAAGCUUCGCGAAACUGAAGAGGACACAAUUGUUGAUGGUCCAGAGCUCAAACGUCGCCUCAAGACUUUCUAUCAAGCAGCGCAUGGUGCCAUAUCAUGGGCUGACCCCACCAAAUUUCUAAGUGACCAUCAGAAUGUUCCAGAUGAUAGUGACAAUGAAGAGGAGGCUGAUCUUUUUCGAAGCACGAGCAAACUGUUGGAGGAAUCGGGUGAGAUGCUGCCUCAGGGCUCGCUGGACGUUAUUCGUAUGAAAGAUGCGAACCAGCACGCGCCAUCUAAUGCCGUGAUCCAAUCGGUACAGUUUCAUCCCAACGGACAGAUUUUGCUCACAGCAGGUCUAGACAAGACGUUUUGUCUCUUUCAGGUGGACGGUAGCAACAACGCAAAUAUUGAAAAAGUUUUUGUACAGGAUCUUCCCAUGUUGGACGCAAAGUUCACGCUUGGUGGAGAUCGUGCGAUUCUAACUGGACCUCGGCAGUAUUAUUUCUCCUACGACAUUCAAGCUGGCAAAAUUACCAAGAUCCCAGGCCUUUAUGGGCGCAAGGAGAGAAAGCGUGAAAAAUUUGCCGUUUCUAACAGUGGAGAUACGAUAGUGUUUUUAGGAAGCAAUGGCUACUUGGAUAUAGUAUCGGCGAAGUCGUACGAGUCGAUCGGCACCCUCAAAAUGAACGGCAGUGUCAACUCUGCGGUUUUUUGUGAAAAUGACCGCUUUUUGCUCAGUACAGGAUCAGACGGACAGAUUUACAAAUGGGACAUGCGUACACGGCGGUGUAUUUUCGUUCAUGACGAUGAAGGCAGUCUUUGUAAUCACGCCCUGGCAGCCAGCGGUAAAUACUACGCCGCCGGAUCAAAGAGCGGUGUGGUCAACAUUUACGAUAAUGCUGGUCUAACAGCCAAGCCCAAGCCAUGCAAAGCGUUGAUGCACCUCACAACUCAAGUUGACCAUCUUAAAUUCAAUCCCAGUUCUGAGAUUUUAGCAAUGGCUUCUACUGACAUUAAGGACUCGCUGAAGAUGGUACAUAUGCCAUCACUGACUGUAUUUCCCAACUGGCCAACGGCACACACGCCGCUACAUUACGUGUCGGCCAUGGACUUCAGUCCAAAUAGUGGCUACUUUGCAGUCGGAAACGCUCGAGGGCGUGUUUUAUUAUACCGAUUGACCCAUUACAAGGCUACAUAA